AUGCCUGUGGAAGAGGAACGUAAUGUUAUUCCGGAUCUACCCCGGGGACCGCUCUGCACGUACCGUUCGAAGGCUAAAUUCAAUUGGAAAGAUUUUCGUCUAGUGCUAGAACAUAAGGAUCUAAUCAAAAUCAAGUACGACAUAUGGCACCGGCUAGAGUCAGAACCACUGUUUGCACCGGUGAUCUCCACGCUGUCGGCGGACCAGCAGAAGGAACGCGCAGCCCGGCAGGUCAACCGGAUAGCCGAUCUCGAGCUCGCACCUCCGGAAAUUUACUCAAAACCGUACCAGUACCGUGUACGCUUUCUGAUGAGUAUCAACGAGGCACUGCAUGCCGUCUGUCCGAGCCUGUCGGUGAAGAUAGCGCUAGGCGUUGGUCUGUUCACGAACGCCCUGCUGGCGAUGGGCACCGAACGCCAUCAGGACUUCUACAACAAGGCGUGGAACCGGGAAGUCAUCACCUGCCUAGCGAUCACGGAAGUGUCACACGGCAGCAACACGAAACGAUGCCGUACGACGGCGACGUACGAUCCGAACACGCAAGAGUUUAUCAUUCACACGCCCGAUUUCGAGGCGGCCAAGUGCUGGGUCGGUAAUCUCGGCAAGACCGCCUCGGUGGCGCUACUGUUUGCCAUUCUGUACACGGCCGAUGGCGAGAACCAUGGAUUGCAAGGGUUUCUCGUGCCAAUCCGGGAUCCGAAAACACUGCUUCCCUACCCGGGGGUGACGGUGGGCGAUAUCGGCGAGAAGAUCGGGCUGAAUGGCAUCGACAAUGGGUUCGUGAUGUUCAACAAUUACCGUAUACCGCGCGAGAACCUUUUGAACCGCACCGGUGACGUUACGCCCGAUGGUACGUAUGAGAGCACGUUCACGGAGCCCGGCAAAAUUCUGGGCGCCGUGCUUGAAUCCUUCUCAGCCGGGCGACUCGGGAUCAUGCAGGAGUCUUCAAAUACGCUGUCGCACGCGGCAGUCAUUGCGGUGCGAUAUGCGGCGCUUAGAAAACAGUUUGGUACCGAUCGCGAUGGUCCUGAGCAGUCAAUCAUCGAAUACCAACUACACCAAUGGCGCAUAUUCCCGUACCUGGCUGCCGCCUGCGUUCUGAAAGUGUCCGUAUUCGCCAUGACGGAAACGUACUUGAAGACGGUGCAAAAAUCGCAGGCCGAAUCGAACGGGUUCGAGCUGCUGACGCAGAUCGUGUCUGAGGUUCACGCCCUUGUGUCCUCUUCCAAACCGCUCGUCACGUGGACGGCCCGUGAUGCGAUACAGGAAUCACGGGAAGCGUGUGGCGGUCACGGGUACCUUCGGUCGGCCAAUCUCGGUGAGCUGCGCAACAACCACGAUCCCAGUUGCACUUACGAGGGCGAUAAUAAUGUGCUCGGGCAGCAAGCCUCCAACUGGCUCGUGCGCCAGUGGAAGAACGCCAAGGUUGAAAGUCCGGUCGGUACGGCCACCUUCAUCGAACGUCGCGAACAGAUUCUGCGGACAGACUUCGAGACGCUGCACCGAUUGGGGAUUUCGGUGGAAAGUUCAGAAUUCAUGCAGCAGUGUUUUGAAUGGUUAAUGUGCUGGCUGCUGCAGCAAAGUGUGGCGCAGAUGGACACGGCUAGUAAGGCUGGUAUGGAUACUUUCACGGCACGCAACAACUGCCAGGUGUAUCGGGCCCGAGAUCUAAGCCGUGCUUAUGCCGAGUAUUACGCUCUCGAGAGUUUUAGAACACGCUGUGCCCGAAAUGACGUUGACGAGCAAUUGCGGCCGGUCCUGUUUAACGUUUACCUUCUGUACGGCUACUGGUGCCUCGAUCGACACCUGACUACAUUCUACGCCGGAUCGUUUGCCCACGGGCCGGCGUUUGGCGAAGCGGUUCGCGGUGCUCUGCUGAAGGCGUGCGACGAGCUGAAGGAUUCGGCCGUUGCAAUCUCCGAUGCUUUGGCUCCCCCCGAUUGGGUCCUCAACUCGGUCAUCGCCAAGUCCGAUGGUCGGCUGUACGAGAACAUUCAGACGGUGUUUAUGACGAAUCCGGGAGCAAUGGAACGGGCCGCCUGGUGGAAGGAUGUCAUACCGACCAAGCAGCGGAGUAAGUUGUAAAAGGAACCCUUAACCGAGCACGGGGAAGAGAGCACGGAAUUCGAACAACAGGGUACAUUCGCUACGGGUUUUUAAAAUGUUUUUAUGUUACGUUUCGUUUUACAACCCACACGGUAAACAGAAGUGUUGUAAAAGUGCUAGCGUAAUCGUUUAGUGCAAUGAUAGCUACCAUUAUGGUGUCUACCCACCCGUCCCUCGACCGAUUGUGGCGCACAUUCAGAAGUAGAAGCAUAUCUGGGAACCGUGUUUCAUGUUAAGCGUGUCGUGUUUGUGUGAGUGUUUAUCGAAAAAUGUUUUAAACUACUUUGGCCGUGAAUGAGCAAACUACCGGUAGGUUAAGAGUAAAUGAGUCUAAAUUUCAAGUUCUGGUUCUGGCAAAGGAACAGUGUGUGUCUCCGUUGCCUUUUCGUGGUUUAUUAUCGGUUCAAUCAUUAUUUCUCCAUUUCUUCUUCGAAUUACUGUAUGUUCUCCAGUGUGGGCACCUUCUUUACGGAAGGUUGUAUCUCUUUUAUCGUGCUCCGCGAUCAUCGUUAGGUAAAUGAAUGUUCAAGCGCCGUGUGCUCACGGCGUACAUUGACAGGACAAAUCAAUUUGUGACAAGAAAAAUGUGUCUUAUCUAUAUACCUUUUUACGAACUCCAGAUCAAACUGUUUAAUAUACUUCGAUACUUCAACCUAUCUAGAAAUGGACCAAAUGUGAGAAAGGUAAAGAAUCGCGAGAAUAGUGCCCCCGAUGUUCCGAAAUAGAGAAAGAAAAUCUUUCUAAAUAGUUAACGAGGAUUAAAACGAACGCACGAUCAGAGUCAUCCUGUAGUGUUUGUGUGGCAAAUUAGUUAAGUUUAUGUAAUUCCGUUAAUUCGAAUCGAUUGAAACACGGCUGAGGUGUUCGUGCGUUCGUGCCAAACUGGUAACGAAGUUUAUCGAGCACGAUCGGUCUCUUAUUUUGGCAACUUGUUAUUUGAGCAUGUUUUUAAGCGGCGUUACGUCACGAUACUCUGUAUAGUGCUAGAUCGUACUUUUGAUGUUUCGCAACCCACCACAAAGGGUCUUUAGUCAACGAUAAGUAGGUGUUUAGCACGAAACUACGCUACGAUAAUAAGAAUCCCUCUCAUGAGCUUAGCGGACUAGCGUUUCCUUCUAUACGUAACCUUAUUUAUCUCUAUUUUUCUACGAAGUCAUCGUUAACGGUUAAUUGAAAAUGUGUCGAAGAAUCUGAUCGGAUCAUAGGAAUAAAUUGUUGAUUUUUUGAAUAUUUUUCUCACAUGACGAAAGAAGACUAGAAAAUCGGCAUAACUUUUACCCAUUUUCAGACCCCCUCUCGGUUGCUCGUUCUCGCCGUGGUGAGUUAAUCGAUGUGUAUUGUGGAUGUGACCUCUUCACCGUCGUUAGGAGUAUAGAAAUAUCAACUAAGCAGAACUAGAAAAGUGAGCUGUCUCUUUAAACCAUUGUUUACUUUAAAAGAAAAACGGAUGUAUAAACAUAUGUAUCUAUAUACACCCUUUACAUAUAUACACGAAAAGAAGGAAGAAUCGCGCACGAGAAAGUAUACAUAAGUUUCUUGGAUGGACGCGCAUCCUUAAAGGAACACACGGCCGCUGUUGGAGUUUCGCCAGGUGUUUAAUGUAAUUAUA